UUGAACGGCUGAAAUUGGACGCAUUUCUACAGACUCUACGCGAUUCUUUAGGUGAAAACAAUCACCAUCCCUCUCUCCUCUUUAAAGUACUCCCUCCAGUGGCUUACGACUAGGGUUUUGACACUACGAUCAAUGCAGCUUCAGCAUCAACACGAGACAGAUUUUGGACUAUUUUCUCUCAAUAUUUGCUUACUCCCAGCUUGAUUCUGGCUGGGACUUGAGAGAAAACUGAAGGGCUACUGUUUGGGUACAAUAGAGGAUGGACCUAGCGUUGCUGAGUGCCGUUCUAGUUGGGGCAGGCUGCCUUGCCCUGGGAUACUACAUUGGGGCACGAUUUCCUGGUCGCAUCUUCAUCUCAGCAAGAUUAAAUAAAGAUAGUGCAGUUGCUGGUAAUGGGAAGAAGAAGGAUGAGCCCAAAGUGCCCCUUGAGAUUGAACAACUCGCUGACAUUCUUGAAGAGUUCAAAAUGGUUUUGGUUGUGAGGAAUGAUCUAAAGAUGGGAAAAGGGAAAAUUGCAGCCCAAUGCAGCCAUGCGACUUUGGGUCUCUAUAAAAAGAUUCUUCAUCGGGCACCAAAAACAUUAAAUAGGUGGGAGAUGUGUGCACAACCUAAGGUGGUAGUAAAAAUUGAAAGUGAGGAAGAUAUGCUAGUACUGCAAGAGCGGGCAAAAUCAUUAAAGUUGCCAACCCACAUUACAAUUGAUGCAGGGAGAACACAGAUUGCACCUAAUUCUAGGACGGUGAUGGCCAUUCUUGGACCUGUUGAAGUGGUUGAUGAUGUAACUGGUGGACUCAAACUUCUAUAGUUGUUUUCUUCGUUCAAAUGCAUGCAUGUACACGCCUCAUGACAGAGCAACGGAGCAUUUGGAGAACGGUUGUAGAUGGAAAGCCUUGGAUGGAAAGUUGCUGCAUUAACAUAUUAUGAAGGUCCAUGCUAUGCAGUGCUUUAACCAGAUGUUCACAUUUAACCUCUCAUAUUUACCAUUUUUGAUGAUGAUGAUAAAUGAAGAUGAAAAUAUUUUUACUGGAUUCAUGCCAGUGGCAGUGGAACUGUAAUUAUUGAACACCUGAAUUUUCAUUGAGAUGUGGAAACUAGCAAUUAGCUGGCUUACAAGUAUUGUUAAGAGUUUUCAAUCUUGUCUUUA